UAAGGAAAAUAUGUGUUAUUUAUAUCUUGAGCCCAGUGAGAGAGAGAGAGAGAUAGAAAGAGAGAGAGAGAGGGAUUUAGCAAAAUGAAUGCAGCUUCUUACCAUGCAAUGCCUUGCAUCAAAGCUAUAUCAAGAAAGAACAAGAAAACUACAAGUGUAAGAGCAGCCAUAGCGAUUCCAAACACAAGAAAAAAGCAAAUUUCUCAGACAGAAUUAUCAGUUCACAUUGGAACUGCUUCCACCGAUCUGUUUGUGCAUGAGAUUGUCGAGAGGCAGACAAGGAAAGCCGAUACGACGUCGGAUCUCUGCAAAAACCCUAGUUUCCACCCAAUGUUCCUCGAAGAAGCCUAUGGAAGAUGCAGAGAUUUGUGUGCUGAAUACGCCAAGACAUUUUAUCUAGGAACACAGCUGAUGACUGAGGAAAGACAGAAAGCAAUAUGGGCUAUUUAUGUGUGGUGCAGGAGGACUGAUGAAUUGGUUGAUGGGCCAAAUGCUGCACAUCUUAGCUCAACUCUUGAUAGAUGGGAAGGGAGGUUAGAAGACAUCUUCAACGGCCGGCCCUACGACAUGCUUGAUGCUGCGCUAACCCACACUGUCCACAAAUUCCCAUUAGACAUCAAGCCGUUCAAGGACAUGAUCGAGGGGAUGAGAAUGGACACGAGGAAGGAUCGGUAUGCAAACUUUGAAGAGCUUUACAUCUACUGCUACUGCGUGGCUGGGACCGUUGGUUUGAUGAGUGUUCCGGUUAUGGGGAUCGCCCCGGAAUCGUUGCUCUCAGAUCAAAGGAUUUACAAUGCAGCUUUGUAUUUAGGGAUUGGGAAUCAGCUCACCAACAUUCUAAGAGAUGUUGGAGAAGAUGCAUCAAGAGGGAGGGUUUAUCUUCCACAAGAUGAACUGGCUAGAUUCGGAUUAUCGGACAAGGAUGUUUUCUCAGGAAAGGUGACAGAUGGUUGGAAGGAGUUCAUGAAAGAGCAGAUAACGAGAGCAAGAUUCUACUUCGACCAGGCCGAGGAGGGAGCCACGCAGCUCCAUGAGGCGAGCCGUUGGCCGGUUUGGUCGUCGUUGAUGCUGUACCGUAUGAUCUUGGACUCGAUCGAGAACAACGGCUACGAUAACUUGACAAAACGAGCAUAUGUGGGCAGAACCAAGAAACUGCUGGCCUUGCCUGUAGCAUUCACUAGAUCCCUGAUCAAACCAAGUAUGGUUCUCGCAUAGAGAGAGAGAGAGAGGGCAUGCAAUCGUGACUGCAACAUCCUGCAUAGAAGAUGGUCACAAACCACAUUUUAGCUUUGUUCCCUUCUGCAAAUUUGCUGUUGUUUAUAUAUAUACACGCACAUACUGGAAGCUGAGAUAUGAGAUAAACGAUUACAGAUAAUCUCAUGACACGUUAAUGUCUUUUUUCAACCAUAUCAUCUACAAACUUGCAACGAUCAUCAUAUUCCAGAAAUACAGUUCCUAAAUUUCAGCAUACCUGCAUAUGUCAAGCUAUCAAUGUCAUAGUCGUUCCAGCAAAUAAUGGGCAUGAAUUUAGUCGACAACAAUACGACUCUCAACCCCUUAAAGCAGAACACAGGACCAAAAACCAUUCAUUAAUUGCAAAAAUACAUAACAGCAUCCACAAGAAAUAUUUAGGAAGUGAUAAAACUCUCUCCUCUACAACCUUUUGUAUUUUCUCAAAUGAGAAGACAAAAGUUCUGGAGAGAGACAAAAAUUUAAUGUAGUCUCGUACAAAAUAUGGUAAACAAAAAAAUGGAAAAAAAUGGGAAAGUGGGAGAAAAUUCCACAUCUUUGCAUCAGUAGUGUAUGUGAGUGGACAGCACAGCCGAGCUCCUCUGCCUCUUUUGCAGUAUGUCUCCAUAGUAACAGCUGAACCGAAGAAAGUAGCACCAGACUUCUUUUUUAUGCUUUCUACCACCCAAUGAUUGAUACUUGCAGUAUAUUUUUUUGAAAUUAUAGGGCAGCUAUCGACACACAAAACAGCUAGCAGGCAUCUGCCUUACAGAACUCGGCAACCCUCCAGCUACUUCAGAGAAAGUAAUCUGGUGUUCUUCGGGUUACAUCUGGCUCACCACGUCUGGGAGCUGGCUCAAACUG